CGGGUACUUCCGGUCUCAUAGAGCUCAACAUGGCGGCGGAGGGAGACGUGGACCUGGACCUGGAAGCCGAGGAGAACUGCACCGGGAAACCAGCAGAGAAACCGCGUAAACAUGACAGCGGAGCGGCAGAUCUGGAGAGAGUCACCGACUAUGCGGAGGAGAAGGAAAUCUCCAGCUCUGACCUGGAAACGGCCAUGUCAGUGAUUGGAGACAGGCGAUCACGAGAACAGAAAGCCAAACAGGAGAGAGAAAAGGAGCUGGCCAAAGUUACUAUUAAGAAAGAAGACGUCGAACUUAUUAUGUCAGAGAUGGAGAUUUCUCGGGCCAUGGCUGAGCGCAGUCUGAGGGAACACAUGGGGAAUGUGGUGGAGGCUCUGGUGACUUUGACCAACUGAACACAUUUCAUCUGGACCCCUUCAGAACCUCAGCUCAACUCAGAUCACCAUCACUUAUCUCAUUUGUAUACUACUGUUUUGUUUUUUAAUAAAUUACCUGAAAUCAGAGAUGAUUCUUUCUCUAUUGGGCUAAAACAGUUUGAAAAUGAAAAUAAAGAUUUUUAUUCACCACAAUUAAAGUUACAGCACCUCUACUGUUACAGAU